AUGAAUUCUGAUAAUGAACUAAAUGUUAAAAACAUAAAAGACACUGAUGAUGCAAAGAAUAAUAAUGCAAAAGAUAAUAAUGCAGAAGAUGAAAAUGCAGAAGAUAAAGAUACAGAAAGUGAAGAUGCAGAGAAUGCAAGAAAUAGAUUUAAAGAGCUUCAAG